AUGGAGGAAAAUUGCGAAGACGAGCGGAGUAUGCAGCGACUACGGAAAGCAACCAUGGACACAGUGACACGAUACUCCGAGGACGACAAUCCGUUUUAUCACGACGAGCGACUGCUGGAUGUUUUCUGCAUUAUUGGGAGAUUCAGCCGCACGUUGGGGAUGAAGGGAGUGAUGGAGCAGCUCUACGAAAGAAAGCAGUUUUAUCAGUUGGCCGAGUUUUAUGUCAGAUGGGGCGAGGUCUAUGCCGAGGAAAAAGACAAGGAGCGCUUUAAUGAGGUUUGGAACAUAGCUGUGAGUGUUGGCGCUAAACCCUUGUCACGUAUCGAUGAAGCAUUCAGGUGA